ACAUUGGAAACAACAUUUCAGCCUGAUAUAACUUAUUCAAUCGCUUUAUGCCAUUAUCAAAUGCAUGAAUAUUCCCAAGCACUCAAAUUCAUUGCUGAUAUCAUUGAUCGUGGCAUUAAAGAUCAUCCUGAAUUAUCUAUUGGAAUGGUAACAGAAGGCAUGGACGUGCGUUCCGUCGGUAAUACGUUGCUACUUCACGAGACAUGCCUAAUCGAAGCGUCUUCAGAAGCAUUAACUGAUAUGCCACCAAGACAUGAAGAGGAACUGGAUCCAGUAACUCUUCACAAUCAAGCAUUGAUUAACAUGGACAAAAAUCCAUCUGAUGGUUUCGCAAAGCUACAGUAUUUACUGAAUCAGAAUCCGUUCCCUCCAGAAACAUUUAGCAAUUUGCUUCUGUUGUACUGCAAAUAUGAAGUGAGAUUUUCAGUGAAUCGUAUCAUGUACUAUGAUCUUGCUGCGGAUAUACUUGCUGAAAAUGGUCAUCUUACCUAUAAAUAUUUAACUCAGUACCAGCGUGACUAUCUGGAUGCAAUAAUUACUCAGCAAACCGCUCCUCUCGAAGCAUAUAAUAAGUUCGAUGCUUUAGCAAAUGAUCAAAUCAAGGAAUUACGAAAAUUGACAAAAAAAAUCCAAGAUAUCAGACAAAACAAUGAGGAACAAACUAUACGAAAUGCCGUGGAUUUGUAUGAUGACACAAUGGCCAAAUAUCUGCCUGUAUUGAUGUCACAAGCAAAAAUUUACUGGGAAAUGAGCAACUAUGCACAAGUUGAAAAAAUAUUUCGUAAAUCAGUCGAGUUUUGCAGCGAACAUGAUGUUUGGAAAUUGAAUGUUGCACACACUCUUUUUAUGCAAGGCAAUAAAUUCAAAGAAGCUGCUGGUUUUUAUGAACCGAUCGUCAAAAAGAAUUUUGAUAACGUAUACGUAUAA